AUGUUUGGUCAAUCGGGACUUACGAGCUUCAUGCUCAUUGCACAGAGCGCCUUUGCCGCAAGCAAGACGACCAACUCUGAUGUUCGCAUGAACCACAUCCAGGUCAUCGGAACCCACAACUCGUACCACCGUGAGGUCUCACUAGCAGAGCGUGCUAUAUUCGAGAAGUAUAUACCUUCUCCGGAAGACUACUACUACUCGCACGCCACACUACCCAACCAGCUGGAGCAUCAGUCUGUCCGCUCAUUCGAGCUCGACUUGCACUCGGAUGAGAAGGGCAGUCUGUACUAUCCUCCCUUGAUCUGGACUCUUUCCAACCUGACAAAUGCCACGACUCCCUACGAUGGCUCUGUGCUGCAGAAGCCAGGUAUCAAGGUCUUCCACGUCACAGACUUCGAUCCUGACUCUGUAUGCCACACCUUCAAGGACUGCUUGACCCAGCUCAAGGUCUGGUCAGACGCAAACAAGAACCACGUCCCCAUCGUUAUUGAUCUGGAGCUCAAGACUGAUGCGCCAGCCUGUGCAGCAGGCGGUGUUUGUCCCGGCGAGGCCACAAACUGGACUCUUCCCCGUCUUCUCAACGUCGACGCGGAGAUCCUCUCAGUCUUCCCCAAGAAGCAGCUCAUCCGUCCAGACGAUGUUCGUCAAGGCAAUUUGACACUGGAACAGAGCGUUCUCCAGAAAGGAUGGCCGCUGCUUAGCGAUGCCCGCGGCCGCUUUAUGUUCUUCUUCGACAACGACCCAAAGCCCACUGACCCCAGUUCUCCUCGCGAGCUGUACAAGUCUGGCGGUCACGAGUCACUCCAGAACCGCACUGUAUUCACCAACUCGCUCGAAGGCUCAUCUGACGGUGCCGUCAUCAAGCACAACGAGCCGCGCGGCAACGAUACUGCUGAGAUCCAGCGCCUGGUGAAGAAAGGCUAUAUCGUGCGCACACGAAGCGAUGUACCGCUCGAUACUGUACUGAACAGGACUACCGAGAUGCGCGACUCGGCAUUUGCAUCUGGUGCGCAUAUUGUCAGUACGGAUUUCCCGUCUUGGGGCAUGAGUGCACGGUGGGGAUGGGACUAUGUUGCGCAGUUGAAGGACGGAAGGGUCGCGAGGUGUAACCCGGUUAACGCACCGAAGGGGUGCAAGGACAGCAAUCUUGAGUAG